AUGCGCCAGGCCGGAGGCCGCGGCGAGCCAGCACCAGUCUGCAGCGAUCCGGGCCCGACGAUGGUGAAGACAACAGCUGGACAGCGCCGGCUGCCUCCUGUUCCCGUGUGCUCGCCGUUGUCAGCGACCAAUGAACUCAAUGCCGGCAUCGCCGCUUCCAUAGAUAGUGAAGCCAAUGUGUUUGAUGAAAUGGAAACAAGAGUAACAGUGAUGCCAUCGCCGCCGCCGCGUGCAUCUGUGCACUGCUCGCUGAGCUCAGUGACAAGGUCGUGA